AUGAUUGCUUCUUGGGAAGAACUGCAGUCCAUCCAGAGAGAACUGGAGGUGUUGUCAGAGCAGUACUCUCAGAAAUGUCUAGAAAAUGCUCACCUGGCUCAGGCCCUGGAGGCUGAGCGGCAGGCGCUCAGGCAGUGUCAGAGAGAGAACCAGGAGCUAAAUGCUCACAACCAGGAGUUAAAUAACCGGCUGACAGCAGAGAUUACUCGGAUGCGCUCCUGUUUCAGCGGUGAAACUGCUCCGUCCACACUUACCCAGGGCAAGGAUGUGUAUGAAUUAGAGGUGUUGCUACGAAUUAAAGAGUCAGAAAUCCAGUAUCUCAAAGAGGAAAUUCACUCUUUGAAAGAUGAACUGCAGUCUGCUUUAAGGGACAAGAAAUAUGCCACAGACAAAUAUAAGGACAUCUACACGGAGCUCAGCAUUGUGAAGGCAAAAGCUGACUGUGAUAUCAGCAAACUGAAGGAAAAACUUCUGAUCGCCACAGAAGCUUUAGGCGAAAGGACUGUGGACGGAUCAGUCACAUCUGGAUAUGAUAUAAUGAAAUCAAAAAGCAAUCCUGAUUUCAUGAAAAAGGAACAAUCAUCAACCUCCAGGCAAUCAAGAGGUGUACGAUCGAAGAGCCUGAAAGAGGGACUAACUGUGCAGGAGCAUAUGAAGCUUUUUGAAGUGAAAGAUUCCAAAAAUAUUUAA